AAUGUUCUGCCGAACACGGCCAUUUCCGCGAUUUCGCGCCAAAACCGUCGACGCAACAAAACGAAGGUGUUGAGCUUGCGGUUUGAUUUAAGCAGAACGUUUAUUUGUUGAGAUUUAUAGAACUUGAAUUGAGCAGUUUGCGUGAAAAAAUGUCAGGCAGAGAAGCUACGCGUGGGAAAAUGCACGUCAUCAAGCGCAAUGGGCGCAAAGAAGAUGUUCAUUUUGAUAAAAUUACUUCAAGAAUUGCCAAACAGUGUUACAAUUUAGAUAUGAAUUAUGUGGAUCCAUCAGCUGUAGCCUUUGAAGUGAUACGUGGUUUAUUUUCUGGAGUGACCACAGUUCAAUUGGAUAAUCUCGCGGCGGAAACUGCAGCCACUAUGGCAACCUGUCAUUCUGACUACGCAAUAUUAGCUGCACGGAUUGAUGUGUCCAAUUUGCACAAGCAAACCAAGAAAUCCUUUAGUGAGGUGAUGCACGAUUUGUACCAUGCUAAGGAUCCUGUAACAAAGAAGCACAUUCCGAUAAUAAGCAAGCAUUAUUACAAUAUCAUCAAGCACAACGCGGAAAGACUGGAUUCGGCUAUAAUAUACGACAGAGACUUCAGUUACAAUUACAUCGGUUUCAAAACGCUCGAGAGGAGUUACUUGCUGAAGAUCAAUGGCAAGAUAGUGGAGAGACCUCAACACAUGUUGAUGAGAGUGGCCGUUGCUAUUCACGAAGACGAUAUCGAUAGGGUUAUAGAGACGUACAACUAUUUAUCCGAGCGUUACUUCACUCAUGCUUCGCCAACGUUGUUUAACGCCUGCACAAAUAAUCAGCAGAUGUCUAGCUGCUUCCUUUUAACGCUCAACAACGACAGUAUAAACGGAGUCUACGGGACGUUAAAGAAGUGCGCGUUAAUCAGCAAAUACGCUGGUGGAAUAGGUCUCAAUGUGCAUUGCAUUCGCGCGAAAAACAUGGAGCAUACGUACGAGACCAACAGAACAAAUGGUUUGAUUUCUGUCUUAAAAUUGUACAACGACAUAGCCAUUUAUGUCGAUCAAGGAGGAAAUAAGAGACCGGGAGCGUUUGCCAUAUAUCUGGAGCCGUGGCAUGCUGAUAUUUUUGAUUUUCUAGAACUCAAGAGAAAUAUUGGAGACGGAAACUUGCGUGCCAGAGAUUUAUUUUAUGCCCUGUGGAUACCGGAUCUUUUUAUGGAACGUGUAUAUAACGAUGAGAAGUGGAGCCUGAUGUGUCCUCGUGAAUCUCCCGGUUUGGAUGAUGUUUGGGGUGACAAAUUUGAAGAGUUGUAUACCAGAUAUGAAAAGGAAGGUCGCUACAGGAAACAAGUACAGGCCAGGACCGUGUGGGUCGCCAUUCUUAGAUCGCAAGUGGAAACGGGAACGCCUUACAUGCUUUAUAAAGAUCAUUGCAAUCGGAAAUCAAAUCACCAGCAUCUAGGCACGAUUAAAUGCAGUAACUUGUGCACUGAAAUCAUCGAGUACUCCAGCCCGGAUGAAGUUGCUGUGUGCAAUUUGGCAUCCAUCGCCGUUAACAUGUUCGUCGAUCCCAAUGAGAAAACGUUCGACUUCGAAAAACUUAAAACGGUCACGAAAAUCGUCACUCGUAACUUGGAUAAGGUUAUAGACGUUAAUUUUUACCCCAUCCCUGAGGCGAAAAAGUCUAAUCAAAGACACAGACCUAUUGGUAUCGGAAUACAAGGGCUAGCGGAUGCGUUUUUGUUGAUGAGGUAUCCGUUUGAGAGCAAAGAAGCGAAGGAACUAAACAUUAAGAUCUUCGAAACGCUUUACUACAGUGCCUUAGAAGCCAGUUGCGAGAUAGCUAUGGAAAAAGGAACUUACGAAACGUACGAAGGUAGUCCAGUUAGUAAAGGCAUUCUUCAAUACGAUAUGUGGGACGUAAAACCGACAAAUUUGUGGAAUUGGGACGAAUUGAAGGCAAAAAUCGCGAAGCACGGUGUCAGAAAUUCGCUUUUGAUAGCUCCCAUGCCUACGGCCUCCACGGCGCAGAUUUUAGGAAAUAACGAGUCCAUCGAGCCUUACACAAGCAAUAUCUAUAUUAGACGCGUGCUAUCGGGAGAAUUCGUUAUCGUUAAUCCGCAUCUGAUGCGAGACUUGACCGCCAAAGGUUUAUGGAACGAGGACAUGCAGAACGAGAUCGUGGCGAAUUUUGGAUCUGUUCAAAACAUCGAAUGCAUUCCCGACGAGUUGAAGGUACUUUACAAAACCGUGUGGGAGAUACCGCAGAAAGUAAUUCUUGAAAUGGCUGCUGAUCGCGGAGCUUUCAUUGAUCAGUCGCAAUCACUGAAUGUUCAUAUAGGGGAUCCGACUAUUGAGAAACUCACGUCGAUGCAUUUCUUUGGUUGGAAGAGUGGUUUGAAGACUGGUAUGUAUUAUUUGAGAACAAAGCCAGCUGCAAAUCCUAUACAAUUUACAGUGGAUCAAUCGAAACUGCGCAAUCGUGAAUUUAGCAACUCCACUACUCCUGUCAAGUCGCCCGACAGAAGUAGCGACGAUGACAUCACCGCGGAAAAGCGAAACCAAAUAAAUCAGCAAGCGACUAAAAACUUAGAAGCGAUGCUUGUUUGUUCCCGCGAGAACGGAGACGCCUGCUUAGCGUGCAGCUCGUGAGAAUUUAUUAAUUUUAAACUUUAUCUCUUAAGAGAAAACACACGUGCUUUCUACUUUUUGUAAGUUAUAUACAUACGGAGCAAUGUUAUUGCAUAUACGUUUUGUGUAUUUUUCAUAUUAAAUUGUUACUAAGAUAAUCGUUUUGUACAAAUAUUAGUGUGUGUAGAUAAAAAACUAAUUAAAUUAAUCAAUUAAAAAUUAAUCAAGAAAAGAAACUGGUCAUGUGGAACCGUGCGCACACAGUUGGUCUGGUGCAAUAAUUUUUACUCUUGAUGCUUUAAUACAAAAUUGCAUACGUUUCGAUCCGUUAUAUGUUCGAAUCAUUUUCAAUACAGUCUUUGUAACUUGGAUGAAUAACAAUUUGAAUACAAAAUAUGAUUUUGUAUUAAUGCAAUGAAAGUUAAGAUUAUGCGUCAGAGACUGCGUAACUGCGUACGGUUUCAUACGAGCAGUUCGUUUUUCUUGAUUAAUUUUAUAAAAGUUACAAAAAAACUUAUAUACGGAAAUAAAUAUUAACAGGUUUAAUUGACAGUUUUGUUGUGUAAAAAUGUUUUGAUUUUUAGAAUUAUUUAAAUAUAUGGACGAUAGUUCAUUUUU